ACGAUGUCUUAUCGUUAUAGCUGUCAGCAUCGAAUGCGAUAAUACCUGCACCAGAGCCCGUCGCCUUGGCAACGAGGCUAGGUGUCCCGCAUUCGAAACUUCAAAUUUCACCUGGCCAACGUUGUCCGGACGAUGCGCAACUUGUACACUUUUGAGACGGAGGUGGCACGGGCACGUGGAGAUCCAGAGGCUCUUAAACGACGACGCGGAGUCUCACGAUAUCAGUUAUAAUCGAUGCGUAGGUGGUACAAUCAUGCAUUGCUUCCCUUAGAAAUGGGCACGAUCCUCACAGUACUCAGCAUCGUUCGCUUGAUCGUUCCGAGUCUUACUUUCGCUAUGGCUCUGGAGUAUCCUUUCCGAACUUGGCAAAUUGCUCACACUUUACGCUAUUAGAGGUGCAUCCUACAUGGAUCUCCGAAGCUGAGCUGCGCCGCGAAUGUGAUGGCCCUUGUGUAAGUCCGUUUUCAAACCGUUUUCCAUGAUUGCUUCGCUAGGUGCAGCUCUCAAGAAGCUGGUCUCGAACGCGAACGCGGUGUUACGUGGUUGUAACCCUCAUAAUUCGUGAGUUUGUGCUUUACAACGAUGAACACACACCUCCGAG